CCGGCUGCUCCGCCCGACGCCGCCCGCAGCACCCAGCCGCCCGCGGGCCAUGGCCGCCGCCUUCGCCCCCAAGCUCGGCCGCAGCCUGGCGAGCCCCGACCCGCACCACGGCGCCGGCUCCGCCGGGUACUGCCCUCCGAACGAGAGCUGCGGGCAGCUGAUCUCACCGCUCCCGACCAGCCCCGAGGUGGCCGGCUCCAGCCAGCUGAUGCUGCAGCCCGCCCCUUGGCCCUGCCAUGGUGCCCAGCCCGUGCAGCAGGCAGGGGAGCUGCUGGGGACGAGGCCGGCCUGCUGGGGGGCAGGAGCUCAGCCGCUGGGAUGCUGCGUGAUCCCAGGCUACACAGGAUUCAUUCCCAGGGCCCAGAAUCUCUUCGCCAAGACCUACUCCGAGAUCUGCAAGGAGGCCAGGAGUGACUUUGCCAGGCAGCAGCUGAGAGCCGCAGGCCAGGAGCAGGAGCUGCAGAAGGCAGGGCGGCUGCCCCAGGGCACCAAGGGCAAACUUCUCACCGCCAAGUACAGGACUCCGGGCCUGGCAGCAGCCCCGUACGGAUUGCCCUUUGCCUUCCAACCACAGGGCUCCCCCUACUCCAUGGAGGACAACAACCCCCACAAGUGCUUCAUCUCGGCCCCAUCCCAUCUCACUGUACUGCCAGACAAGCCCAGCAUCGGCACCUGCAGCCCAGUGUGCGGGAAAGACCAUCACUGGUGGACGGUCGCUGCAGAUCAACCCCCCGCGCGCCCCACUCAGCACCGGCUCACGGGGUCCAUGGGGCUACAAGUUCCAGUUUGGCCACACCUACGGCCAGCUUACCCACAACGCCCUGGGGCUGAGCACCCUGGAGAAGCAGAUGGCCGACUAGCAGCGGGGCUGGGCCGGUUCCUUCCCGGAGCUGUUUGGAGGCUGCCCCGCCGUGUACAGGAGCAAUAAAGAGAAGGAGCCACAAACUCUAUUGCCCUUCCAUGUUGCCCGGCUGCGCUGCAAACCGUCGGCGGCGACGUGCCGGGUGGGGUGUUUAAAUCAGUGCUCCUGCUCCGCAGCCCUGGCUGAAUCUUUCCCAC